AUGGCAGCCGGAGAGGACACAAGCUCGGACGACAACGACGCCUUGCACACGAUUACAGCGGUUCUCCAUCACGCAGCCAGUAUCCGCAAGGUUAGGCCUAUUUACAAGGACAUCAGUUGGAAUAACGUUCCAAUCACUAUGUUGGUGGACACGGGGUCACCUGUAAGCGUCAUUUCCGUAACUGUGUUCAGCAAGUACAAGCGGCUCUGGCCUCCGUUGGAGAGUUCACAGCUCAAGCUCUCUUGUCUCUUGGGAGAACUUCCAGUUGUCGGCCAGCUUAGCAUGACCGCUACGUGCGACGGGAAAGAUAUUCCUGGUACUGUCAUAGUGGUCGACCGCUCCGGACCAUCUUUGUGCGGCAGAGACACCAUCAAGGCAUUUAAUGAAGUUGGAGUGGCAAUGUUGUCGAAUGUGGUAGCGAAUCUGCAACCGGCUGGAAUACAGGCUGCCAGCACAGGUCUGCAACAGCUGCUUGACGAAUAUGCCGACGUGUUUGCUCCGGGACUCGGCCUGUGCAAAGGACCACCGGUCACAUUUCAAUUGAAAGAAAACGCGUGUCCACGGUUCUUUAAGGCCCGUACUGUACCCUACGCUCUCAGAGAUAAGAUGUCUGAGUCAUUUGAUCAGCUGGUCGCGGAAGGCUUUUUGACGCCGGUAAAAACCGCUGAAUGGGCAACCCCUGUGGUACCCGUUUUGAAGGGCGAUGGGUCCCUCUGA